AUGGACAGAGGAAUGCCUGUUGAAGAGAUAGUCAUGCUUGUCUUACAACUGCCAACGACUGCUUUCUCUGCUACUAUAGACAUGGAUGGUAAUAUUACAGAGCAGUAUAUGGAGCAAGACAAAGAUCAAGACAUUAAGGAUGAUGAUGAGUUUUUCAACGCAUUGGAUAUGGUGCCUCUCUGA